UGUAGCUGAAGAGGGUUAUGGCACAAUUUACAUCGCUAGACGGGACCUCCAGAGAACACAAUAAAAGAGCAGCGACAGUAGAAGACAUGUACAGCAGGCUUAUGGGACUUUUUAUAACCAAACACGGCUGAUUUACGCUUCGAGGACCAACAGACCACAUUACUGAUGAGGUCCAAAACAGUUGUCGGAGAGGAGUGACCUGCCCUCCUGCCCUCACCAGAAGCGCACACGCCUGCAGAAGCACAGGCCCCAUUCCCCAGUCCUGCUGUCCACAUUUUCGGCCUGAGUUUGUCCCUGGGAUCAUUCAAAACUGUUUCUCCAACGCUUCUACCAAAAACUUAGACUGUUUUCCAAAGCAGAACUGGCCCAGCCCUCCCAGGCAGAAGCAAUGGGGAGUGUGCGAAGCCACCGUUACAGCAUUGUGUCCUCUGAGGAAGACGGCAUGAAGCUGGCCACUAUUGCUGUCCCGAAUGGCUAUGGAAACGGCAACGUUAACAAGGUGCACACAGAGCACCAACAUCAGAGCCGUUUCGUCAGAAAGGAUGGUCACUGCAAUGUGCAGUUUAUCAAUAUGAGUGAGAAGGGCCAGCGGUACCUGGCAGAUAUCUUCACCACCUGUGUGGACAUUCGCUGGCGCUGGAUGCUGGUCAUAUUCUGCCUUUCUUUUCUGCUGUCAUGGUUGUUUUUCGGCUUCGUGUUCUGGCUUGUAGCCCUCACGUAUGGGGACUUAGAGAAUGAGAAUCAGAUGUGUGUUUCUAAUGUUGACAGCUUCACUGCUGCCUUCUUAUUCUCAGUGGAGACCCAAACCACCAUUGGCUAUGGGUAUCGUUACGUGACAGAGGAAUGCCCAAUCGCUGUGUUUAUGGUCGUCUUCCAAAGCAUUGUGGGCUGCAUCAUUGAUGCUUUCAUCAUUGGCGCUGUCAUGGCCAAGAUGGCCAAGCCCAAAAAAAGAAAUGAAACCCUGGUGUUCAGCCACUAUGCUACGGUGGCCAUGAGGGACGGUAAACUAUGCCUAAUGUGGCGUGUGGGGAACCUGAGGAAGAGUCACCUGGUGGAGGCUCAUGUCCGGGCCCAGCUCCUGAAGUCCCGCACCACUACAGAAGGAGAGUUUAUCCCUCUAGAUCAAGUGGACAUUGAUGUAGGUUUCGACAGUGGCAUUGACAGAAUCUUCCUAGUCUCUCCAAUCACUAUUGUUCAUGAGAUUGAUGAGGACAGUCCCUUCUAUGAGAUGAGCAAACAGGAGUUGGAAACAUCAGACUUUGAGAUUGUUGUGAUUCUGGAGGGCAUGGUCGAGGCAACAGCCAUGACCACUCAGUGUCGGAGCUCCUACGUAGCCAGCGAAGUCCUCUGGGGCUACCGCUUUGAGCCUGUGCUCUUUGAAGAAAAGAACUAUUACAAAGUGGACUACUCUCGCUUUGACAACACCUACGAGGUGCCCAGCACACCCCACUGUAGUGCCAGGGAACUGGCAGAGAAGAAGUCCAACGCCUCCAGCUUGAGAAACUCCUUUUGUUACGAGAACGAGGUGGCACUUGAAAAAGUAGAGAUGGAGGAGGAGUUUGAGGAGAUGGGAGACAGGGAGAUGAGGUGCGUUGAAAUUGGUGCACUUGAUGACACAAAUAUAGAGGUAGUGUCUGGUUCUCAGCACAAUCUGGACUCCAUGGAUUUAGAGGAGAGGCCUUUGACAGCAGAAUCAGAAAUAUGAUGGCUGAGAGGUUAAAUACUACCACAGGGAAUGCUAAAAUUAGCUUUAACUUUGGUCCCGAUUGCUGAUGAUGCAUGGCAGUUUGUACAAGACUGUGAUUUGAGAGUAGAAUUCUCUGUAGAAGCUCACGCACACAACACUGUGGAGAUGCAAACAUUUUAUGUUGUUUAACAGGCUGGUGAAGCAAAAAGAAUAACAUGGGUUGUACUAAGUUACUUACACUCAGAGGGUAGUCAUUCUGUGUUUACUGCCCCAUUAGAGCUAAUGCAUUUUAGCAGAAUAGCCAAUUGGAUUCAGAACAAUGACUGAACUAGUUGCUACUUUAUUGUGGUACAAUCGUGUUUAUUCCAGGUUUACACGUCUGCAAUAAGCAUCAGUUUGAUGAAAAAAGUAUUGAAGGAGUAAUUUCAUCACAACCUCUGAAUAUCACAUGUGCUUGUGACUAAAAACACCUUCACAUUUCAUUUAUAAUAACUAAUUGAAAUGUAACCCUAAGCUGUGAGCCUCAUUUUAGAUGCCAACUGAAAUUUGAACAACUUUCUUUUAACUUUCAAAACUUACUAAUAACACUUAGACGUGUUAAACCGCCUGCAUACAUGACACUUCUGUUUGUUAAUGAGCUGGUCUCUUAGCAAAAGUAGAUUUGUAGUCCUGCAGUGUGGUGGUCUUUGUGUUACUCUCCUAACAUGAGGCAGGAAAAAGCGAUAUCUUGCACAGAUUACACACACACACACGUACAUUUUACUCCUCAACCUAUCAUUUUGUCUAAGUUUUCGCAUCUUUUGCAACGUGUGCCUUAAUAAAAGUCUCAGUCCCAGAGGAGGCACUCAGGAGGUUUGGCUUCGACUGAGCACACACUGCAUUAGAUGUCACAGGAACAAGCAUUAAGAGGUGAUUCACUAUGCAGAGUACUGUUACAACUUGCAGAUCUUCAUGUUCUAAUGUGCAAUACAGUUCAGUGGUAGAAUGUGACAGGAGGCUCAGCCCUGAGCUGGAAACAACUGAGGUUAUGAAUGUUUGACGAUAAGUGCUGCUAAGUUACAUAUUAUAUGUUUAGAAAAAAAAAUCUAGGAGCCAAAAGGUAUUAUUUGUCUAUUUAAGUAUCCAUUUUGAAGAUUGCAGAUCCAGCCUAUAAUGUUAUUUCUAGAUGUAGACAAGCAUGAGUCUAUCAGUGUGUUUUCCGAAGCUUUAGUGCACUUUCCUCCUCGCGAGACACUUUCCCCUUUAAAGCAGAAGCUAUUUUAUUACCCAAAGCCAAAUGUUAUGUAUAUAAGAGACAGUCUGUUAGCUAAUGUUAAUUUGAAACCUAAACCUUUCCUCAUCCGACUGUGGUCGACUAUUCGAUUUGAGAAGGUUUUGACAUAGUCUAUCUGAUACUGAGAUCAGUAUUUGAGAUCAGAAUUUGGACUUUUUCACCUUCAUACUCCAUCACCAUGGGUCUUGUGAAGUUAUUUGUUAUUUCUGAAUGGGCCCUUGCUUUGUCUUAGUUGAAUAAAAUCAGAUUUAUUGAGUACAAAUUUUAGUCAGGAUCAACUAUCCCAAAUGGAGGAAACACUUCAGUCUUACACAAGAUUGAGCUUUGUUGUUUUAUAACUCUUACUCUAAGUAAUACUGUUACACAUUCAUGCUUCAAUAAUGUCGGGCAUAACAGUACAGUGUUAUGCUUUGACGUUCUGGUCAUAAAAUCUAUUAAAACAGCUUUUCUGUUCUGACAUUGACACUUCUCCUGUCUUAGGUCUUUGUUUUUCUACCAGGGUCUUCCCACCUUCCAGUGAGAAUGUACAGAUUUUUUUAUCUUUUGUAAAUUAGAAUGCAAAUACUGUAUAUUGAUAUUGCAGUUGUUGAAAACUGUUUAUGUCCUCUUUUUCAAUAAAAAUGGAAAAAACAUGA